AUGGGGAGCCACGCCAUCAAUCAGCAGUCAUCACGUUCACACUGCGUGUUUACCAUAUACGUCACCCGCUUGGACGCCGACUCGCCAGAGACCCCCAUCAAGGCCGAAUUUUCCGUUGUGGAUUUAGCAGGGUCGGAGAAGCUUGCAAUGCUUUCCGGGAAUCCAUCGCCAUUGCUGGUAAGGGAGUCGAUUGAUAUCAACACGUCGCUUCUAGCUCUUGCAAGAGUCAUCACGGCCCUCGCCACGAGUGCCAAGAGGAAGGUAAAGAAUGGUGAAUCAGCUGAUAGGUCGCACAUCCCCUACCGAGAGAGUAAGCUGACUAUGCUACUGAAACACGCCCUGGGUGGCAACUCUCUGACCACCAUGAUCGCAUGCAUUAGUCCCUCAGACCGGGAUGUUGAUGAGACCUUGUUGACUCUUAUGUACGCUGGCCGGGCACGCAACAUCACGAAUAUCCCACACGUGAACGAGAAUCCAAAGUCCGCGCUCAUCCGUCAGCUUCGUGCGGAGGUGGCCAGUAUGAAGAAGGAAUUGGCAUACUACAGAGGUCUGGCUAGUAGUGACCAACGUUUUAUGUGGAAAGGUUGUUAA